ACAAGCGUGAUCGGGAAUUUCUAUUGGGGAAGCAGUUUCUACAUAUCGUCAUACUAAAUCAUCCUUGCCUUAAUCGUUUUAAAAUUUCAAUUUCAAUGUGGUGACGUCAGAGUUGGGACGUCCCAAGGAUCCCGUUUAGAUUUUUCCAUGACGUUCGACCAACCGGGAAAUAGCAGACAGCUGAAGCAACUCGUUAUUCUUUGAGCUGCUAUCGUGCAACCAGGUGUACGGCGACUCCCUUUUCUCGUACUUCGAGCAUCAAGGACCUGAUCUCCGCUGGAGGACUGUGAACUUGGCCACCUGCCAGGCUGGGCCUCCUUCCUCCUGACUGACACCUCCAGAGCUUCUUCUGCAGGUUAGUUGACUGAGAACACAUUCACAUUUACUGCAACGGCCUGGGGAAUAGCUACAGGAGAGAGGAGGGGGGAUGAAUGAGCAAAUUGCAAGCUGACCAAGAACACUAAGGUAUCGUAACAUGGGGAACCUGCUAAAAGUCCUGACUUGCACAGAUCUGGAACAGGAGCCCAAUUUUUUCCUUGAUUUUGAAAAUGCCCAGCCCACAGAAGCAGAACGAGAAGUGUGGGAGAAGGUGGACCUGGUACUGAAGGAUGCUAGGGGAAUCCUGGACGAACUGCAAGCAUACAAGGGAGCGGGUCAAGAGAUCAGAGAGGCAAUCCAGAACCCCAACGACGAGGCGUUACAGAAGGUAGCGUGGGUGGCCGUGGUCCCCCUGGUGGGGAAACUCAAGAAGUUCUACCAGUUCUCCCAGAGAUUAGAGGCGGCGCUGCACAGCCUGCUGGGAGCCCUGACCAGCGAGACGUAUGACAACCCCACGCAGAACCUGGAGCGCGAGCAGGCUCUGGCCAAGCAGUUCGCCGAGAUCCUGCACUUCACACUGCGCUUCGAUGAGCUCAAAAUGACUAACCCUGCCAUCCAGAAUGACUUCAGCUAUUACAGGAGAACUUUGAGCCGCAUGCGGAUCAACAAUACACCGACAGAGGGGGAGAAAGAAGUCAACAACGAGCUGGCCAAUCGGAUAUCUCUGUUCUACGCCGAUGCCACGCCCAUGUUGAAGACGUUAAGCGACGGCACGACAAAGUUUGUCUCAGAGAAUAAGAACUUGCCCAUCGAGAACACGACAGACUGCUUAAGCACGAUGGCGAGUGUGUGCAAAGUCAUGUUGGAAACGCCGGAGUACCGUAGCCGCUUCACCAGUGAGGAGACGGUUUCGUUCUGCCUGCGCGUCAUGGUUGGCGUCAUCAUCCUCUAUGACUAUGUGCAUCCUGUCGGAGCCUUCUCCAAGUCUUCCAAGAUUGAUAUGAAAGGGUGCAUCAAGGUCCUCCGAGAUCAACCGCCCAACAGCGUAGAAGGCCUUUUAAACGCUCUCAGGUACACAACCAAGCAUUUGAAUGACGAAUCGACCAACAAGACAAUCAAGAGCAUGCUGCAGCAGCAGUAGGACUGAAACCCUGGUACAACCGCUCGCCUCAUGCCGGUUUCGGGAGACAUCGAUGCCCUCUCCCAACGACGUCAGUGCACAGAAUGUUUUGUUUGAUUUUAAAUGGAGAAAGAGCUGCACUUUUUAUAAUGCAAAAUGCUACUGCCAUUAUGCACAUAUUUUAUGUGCCAAAAAGAUGUUGCUGAGAUUGAAAUGUUUUCGAUGAAGGCCAUACAACAAGAUGGCAGCUAUGAAAGCAUUGUGGGUUCUGUUUUUUUUUUUAAUGAUUUGAGUUUUUCCCUGUGUAAGAGAUGGAAGUGCUUUGACUUGAACAUUUUAAAAAGAGAGCUAUAUAGAGAAAUAUAUAUUAUUUUUGUUUUGAUUUAUUAUUUAAUGUUACAUCUUCUGCAUGACGAAAUGACGUAUUUCUUCUAUUUAAAAAAAGUAUGGUUCAAAUUUUAUUUGUCUGCUCAGUUGUGUUCAAUGUUUUGUUCUCUGAAUGGUACUUGUCCGAAUUAAGAUGAUUAAAAACAUAGUGCUGUUCAUGUUUUAUAUUUUUUAUAGGUUUUGAGUGUGAUUUGAGUGUAUGCCAUUUUUCAUAGUUGUGUUGUAUUUUUAAUUUGGACAUUUCAAACUGCGACGUGUGCAAAUCAAUUUAAAGUUGUGAGUCUGUACUGUUGUUGACAGUAUGUUGCCGCUGGAAAAAAUAAACGGAGAACUCUUGUUUUCUACAAAUGA